GGCCCGGUCCGACCCGCAUCGUCGCCCUCCAACCGCGGCUGCCGCACUGGUAACACAGUAAUACAGAUAGAAGAGGAACUAAGUGAGGAGUUAACUAUCAACAUGAAGUUACUCAUCUUCCUCACAGUAACCCUGGGCACACUUGUCACGGGACUCAAUUCUUUUUAUUCCAAGAAGCACUACAAGCUGACAUAUAAACACAUACCAGAUCACAAGGAAUGCCACUGUUUGAAUGGAGGAACCUGCAUUACUUAUUACCUCUUCAGUGGAAUCACUCGCUGUGUGUGCCCAGAAGGAUACACUGGGAUUUACUGUGAAUUAGACACUAAAAACAUGUGCUAUACUGAGAAUGGGGAGGACUACAGAGGAAUGGCAACAGAGGAUGAAUGCCUACCCUGGGACCUUCCCUCAGUAAUCAGGAGGGGUCAUUACCAUGUCUACUCAAAGAAUGCAUUGCAGCUGGGACUGGGCAAACACAGCUACUGCAGGAACCCAAAUGGAAGGAGCAGGCCUUGGUGUUACACCAAAAAGGGAUUCAUCCUUCAAGAAAAACCCUGCAACAUGGAGAAGUGUGGGGGUGCCUGUGGUCAGAGGAGCAUCAGCAAGUACUUCAAGAUUGUUGGUGGAAGCCAGGCAGAGGUUGAGUCUCAGCCUUGGAUUGCUGGCAUCUUCCAAAAUAUCAGGGGCAUUGACCAUUUCCUGUGUGGUGGGAGCCUGAUUGACCCUUGCUGGGUGCUUACAGCAGCACACUGCUUUCACAACCCGUCAAAAAAGCCACAAAAAUCUGCCUACAAAGUCUUUCUUGGAAAGUCCAUUCUGAAUGUCACUGAUGACAAGGAGCAAGUGUUCAUGGUUGAUGAGAUCAUCUCUCACCCUGGCUUUACAGAUGACACAGGUGGCAAUGAGAAUGACAUUGCUUUGAUAAGGAUCAGAACAACUUCUGGACAGUGUGCAGUAGAAUCCAAAUAUGUCAGAACAGUCUGCUUGCCAGAGAGGAACCUUCACUUACAAGACAAUACCCGGUGUGAAAUAGCUGGCUAUGGAAAACAAGAUUAUUAUGACAUUUACUAUGCUCAAAGACUGAUGUCAGCCACUGUAAAUUUAAUAUCACAGAGAAAAUGCAAAUAUGAAUACUAUGACAGUAUCAGGGUGACUGACAACAUGGUCUGUGCUGGAGAUCCCACAUGGAUGACUGAUGCAUGCAAGGGAGAUUCCGGUGGCCCCAUGGUGUGUGAGCACAAUGGCAGGAUGAUGCUCUAUGGGAUUGUCAGCUGGGGAGAUGGCUGUGCAAAACAAUACAAGCCUGGUGUUUACACCAGGGUGACUCAGUACCUCCACUGGAUUGACUCCAACAUGAACGCUGUCAUCGCCAAGAGUCACUUUCUGCCUGAACCAAAGUGACCUUUUUUUCUUUUUUUUUUUUUUUAACUACAUCUGGACAAGCUGAAGCCCAUGCUGAUGCCAGGAGACUGCAAUCCUGGAUGUCUUGAGAGGCUUUCCUUUGAAAUGCUCAUGUGGCCUGUCCCUCACAUCAGAGGGCCUGAGGCAGGGAGAUGGUCGAUAUAUUAUCUUACUACUCUGAUUUACCUGAAAACCACUCCAUGGGAAGCUAAAAUAUUUAACAUUUAAAUGAAAAUUCCCAUGCAUGAAACUUUGCAUAUCAAGUUAUCUGUCCUCUUCAUUUAGGAGCCAGCAUUUCAUCUGGAAGUACUGGCUAAGUGUCAAUGUAUUUAAACUCAAAUAUCCAUUUUACACAUGGCCUGAGUCUAAAAUAUUUCCUUGUGACACUGAGCAACACUAAGACUCAAGUGCCAGCAACCCAACCUCUUCAGCCCCGUGCUGAGAGGGUGAUCAGACUUUGAAUUAGUGAUAGAAACUGUAUCAGCAUGAAUUGUCACUACAGGUGUGAAGGACCUCAGUCUGCUUAGACUGAGGAGGUGCUUGCUGUAGAGGGUUCCUUGCUGCAGCCCCAAGGUGUAACUAAAGCUUUAGGAUGGUGCCUGUGGCUGUCACAGACUCCCUGUAUUCCACUCACAGUAACAACUGAACUGCAGGAAGGCAAAUUGGAAAACUGACUGGACUUCCAGGUCACAUCUGAAGAUGUGUGGGUCCUCCCUUCAAAGUCUGAUUGUGCAACCUCUCUACAUCCACCUGUGCAACCAGGAGAGGGUUUAAGGAGUCAGCACCCACUGAAUGCUGCAUAUGACAAAUCAGAACUUCAUUUCCAUACAUUUAAUUGAUAUUACAUGGAGAUGACUUUUUUUUUCCCUCAAAACUUAUGCUGGUUUUAUUUCUAAACUUUAUUUUGUAGAUAUAUUUGUAUGAGGGCUGGAACCUCAAGCCUUAUUUAAUUAUUUUUACUGCAUUUAACUUAUUGUUUGUAUGAUGGAUGUAAAAUAUCAUUAAAAACACUUGUUCUUCUUA